UCGGGAACACGUCUGGGGUAAGGUAGCAAGCAGCCGGCCCGACGAGCUGAAAGAGCAACUCACUGUGUCUAAGUCACCGGCGAGCCCUUCAAAGCGAGGGUAUCCUGCAACUGCCCCGACUGCCACCGUCUGCUGUUGCCCGGAACGGCAACCAGAAACGGGGCGUCUGUCUGCCACCGGCCACGCAGGAAGCACUGAAGGGGCAACUAAGAAGGCAAGCAAGUCAAGGUAAACGCCACUGAGGCCACCCUAUCAGCCAGCCAGUCAGGAGAGGUACGCGAGGCGCAGUGGAUAGGCCGGGAAGAGAAAGGAGAGACUCACUCGACACAGCCAAAGAAAGAGCUCGCCGAUGGCCAGCGCGAUAGUAGCGCCACUUGGCCAAACGGCGCUUAAGGCAGACGCGUUGAGGCGGGCUGGCUGCUGAUCUCGUCGCUUGGUUGGUUCCCUGGCAGCUGCGUAGCUAUUGCUGAAACUGCCGCAACACCAGUUACAGGAGCUCACGUUUGUCGAGAUCGCGAGACACAAAGAACAAGGUCAAGGAAACGAGAGAACGUCGCACAAACGCUCGACCGCCUCCACCGACGUUUCGCUGUCAGUUUUUUCGUUCUUUGGUACGCUUUAUUUGCUUUACCUGCCUCCGUGUAGUUCCCUCGUCCUUCGUAGUGGCAGGACGGUCGAGUGUUAAUGUAUGCAGUGCUCAACAAGUGGCUCCCGAGCUAAGCUGGAAUUAAUGAGUAUCAUACCAAUCACUGUUAUCUCAACCAGCAGGCAAUCAAGUCCCCAUUACCAAUACUGUCGCAAUUAGCUUCUGUUCUCAUUCGUGACCUCAUUAAGUUCAUACCUGAUCUUUAGGCGGAUCAGGAUAAGAUCGACUUUUGUAGGGUAGUCAAUGCUCAUGUCAGCAACUUGAAUUUGUGGAAACUUACGGACGUCUAGUUGAGAUAAAUUGUAGGUAAAUUGUAGCCAAAGAAGAUAUACGAAGAAGAUUCGAGACCAAGUAGAAGUCCUACCAGCCGUGUCAUCAUCUAAGAGUGUACGCAACGUCGAAUAAGGAGUAUGACGAUGCCCCUUGUUAGUCAAACGUUGCUCAACAAUGCCCCGAUUUCUGGUGGUCAUCAAAGACAGCUGACCUCUCCCGUGCCACGGCGGUCUGUCGAGGAAGAAGAAGACAUCGUAAUGAAGCUUAGUAUUCAUUUCGAACGUAUUCUGCGAGAUCUUGGGGAGGACCCUACGCGCGCAGGUCUGAUCAAGACACCCCUCAGAGCUGCUAGAGCCAUGAUGCAUUUCACCAAAGGCUACAAUGAGACGGUGACAGAGGUUGUUGGCGGGGGGGUCUUCUUAGAAGACACGGAUGAAAUGGUGAUAGUCAAGGAUAUCGAAAUAUUUUCACUUUGUGAACAUCACCUCGUCCCUUUUUUUGGCAAAGUUUCCAUUGGAUAUCUUCCUAACAAACGGGUGCUCGGACUCAGCAAAAUUGCUAGGAUUUGUGAAAUAUACGCGCGACGAUUACAACUACAAGAACGGUUAACGAAGCAGAUCGCAGUGGCUAUUGAGGAGGCGAUUGCCCCUACUGGUGUAGGAGUAGUCGUUGAAUGCACCCACAUGUGCAUGGUGAUGAGAGGUGUGCAGAAGAUCAAUUCACGCACAAUUACGUCGACAAUGCUCGGCUAUUUCCGCGAGGAUCCUAAAACGCGCGAAGAGUUUUUAGCUCUUACGGGACAUAGUCGUGAGCGACUUCGCUAAAAGCUGGAUGUUGGUCACUGAAUAUUACAAUAUAGAAAAUAACGAAAGGAAAGGAUAUGUGCAAAUAAAACAGCCGGAUUUGGAGACGCAGUAAGCUGGGACGAUUGGAAAGGGCUGCUAGAGUAAUGACAGAAAGCACUGCUGGGAAUUCUUAUAUAGAUUAUAAAAGUGUAAGAUAAUGAUAAUGGCAAAAUUGUACAACGUAAUAUUUUUCCCAUUUCAUUAUGCAUUUUAUAUGAUUAAGGUGCUGCGAUGCUGUGCGCUCAGUAAUAUUAUUGCAUAUACCAAUGAUAGGAGGAAUGGCCGAUCUGCCCAUUUGUGCUCAUGGCAGAGAGGGGUUAGCUCAAACUGAUCCAAAGUAGAGCCAUCCCGCAACAUAAGUCAAAGCUAAAGUGAGUCUCUCAACGAGUUGCCGUUGAACGGAAACGAAGAUAGAGGGAAUACGAUAUUGUUUUAGUUAGUAGGGUAUUGACGCUUUGCUGCGCGAUAGCCUUUCACUGAAUAUUCUCUACUAAGCACAUACCCUAAAUAUUAGUGGAGAUAAUGAAAAGACGUAGACAUCUAAUAUUUAGUGAGUACCAGUCGUAUGUUAUAUUGGUCGAGGCUGGAAUUCGUACGUGAGGCGUUUUACAGACACUUCCCUAAAAAAUGAAAAUAUGGACGAACUGCUUAUGGUACCAAAAUAGAAUGUGCUAGCGCUUACACAUGCGUCAAACAGACAGGCUGUUCGCGAACAGUAAUAAAAUCUUGUGAUGCGCUUUCUUUCAUUAUUCCGAUUACGUUCAAAUUGUAGAGUUCCUUGAAGUACGACUGAGUCGCUAUUGUUGCUAUAAGCCCGAAUUGAAUUUGGGAACUUUUUUGUUUUAAGAAGACUUUGUUUUUUUUUAUAUAAGAUAAAACGAGAAAAUAAAAUUAGGCACGCGUGCUCAGUGUGUACUGGAAGCCCUCUUUAAGGAAGAGGCUGUACUGGGCGGAAAACAGGCUAUUGGCAGCAUGUAAGCAAUUGAUUGCUGUUCGAUUUUCGGAAACACUACCUCGGCCCUCACCAUUUCACAAAAACUCAAUCGAAUCUAACAGUACUUGGAUCUGAACUUCGAACACGUCGAUCUCAUUUUCCGUUGCAAACCACGAACAGCGCAUAGAUAGGUGUCGGAAACCCUAUACAAUGUUUCCCAUGUUAUAUUUGUUAUUGAUAAACGUAAUACAGCCGUUCAGUUUUUGGUAAAUUGCCAUGGUGGCCGUAAAUACCGUUGCAAUUCGUCAUAAAUGCAAGGUUUCCCACUUAAUACUAUAACGAUUUUCCCUUGUUAAUCGGAAAUUCGCAGCAAAGAUUAGGACCAUGCGCAAGCUUGCUCGGGUCCUGAAACAUAUGAAAAGUUGAACGUGCUCUCAAACUACAUAGUAAACAGUAUAUAUAGUCACGGCGAAAGACCUACGAGAAUUCAGUUCUUCUAACUUUGUGUGAAAGUAUGAGCAUACUACUAUAAGUGUAAGUCAGUAUUAUUUACUCCUUAAUGAAUAGCUAUGAUGUUGAAGAAAAACAAACAUUCAAUAUCUCAAUAAAAGAGCA